GAUGCACCUGAACUGGCCGAUCCGGUCGUUAGAUAUGAGAACCUGAGAUGCGCUUGGAUAACCAACCUUUGUCUCAACGCUGAUCGAUAGCUCUUCCCUAUUUCUAUUUUGAAGUGCAUAUUCUUUUGUAUUUUUCGUGCAAGCAUUCGUCAUGCCAGAGUCACUCACAGAAGUGCUACUGGACAACAAAGAUUUACCAUCAGAAACUGUGCAUGUUAUAUCAAUUGCCCAUGAAGAACGGGAGACAUCCUACGAAUCCGAUACGCUAACUUCAUGUUGUCCUCCACAUAUGGUCUAUAUCGCAGUAAUCAUCUAUGCUGUUUUAGCAAGUACAACAACCAGAGGGGAUGUGUCCUACAUAUUUGAAAGAAAUGCGAAGUGCUUACAGUCACGAACAGAAAGCAUGGAAGUAAAAGAGUUAUGGAGUAAAAUUCCAAUGAUCAUCAAUCAGUGUUCCGAGCGACGAUUUCUCCGAAUUCGAGGCUAUAGAAAUCUGGACGAAACUAAGAUACACGUGAUGCCAAGCGAAGUCGCAUUUCUGAGCGAGUACGCGUGUUCGAUAGUUUCGCUGGGAGUCGGUCGUGAUGUGGCGGCCGAAACCAAGAUGAAAAAAGAUAUGCCCUUGUGUUCGUUUUAUGGCGCCGACCCUAUUAGGGAACCAAACCAGGAAAUGUUCGAACAAGUUGGAGAAUUUUUCCACAUCGCAGUCGGUGGAAAAAACGGUACAUCACAGGCCACCGUUCUAGAACCAGAUACUGGAAACUACCGCGUUCGCAGAGUGAGACAUGUCGACAUCGCUACAUUUCUGCGCAGUUUUAUCCAAAAGCAGAUCAUCGACCAGCUGAUGAUCGAUAUCGAAUGGGAUGAAUACGCUGUUCUACCGUUCCUGCUCAAAAGCGGUGAUAUUGAAAACGCAAAUGUUGUCAUAUGUCAAAUAAACAUUGAGAUUCAUAAUCCGAAUUACGCACAAAAGUCAAUAUUCUUUUCGACUUUUUCUUCGAAAAUCUGGAAGAAGCUCGAUACAUGCCAUUAGUUGCUGAUACAAUGUUUGGUCACAAAAGGCUGUACAUGCUCAACCACAAGCAUCCAGAAUGCAGAAGAAGAUACAUUGAAAGAGAUUGAUGUCAUGAUCUUUGAUACUAUAUGUUUGUAUGUAUGGACAAGAUUAAUAAUUAUUUAUGUGAAGUUGACC